AUGCGCCGCCCGACCCACGCCGCACUUCCGCCGCUGUUGCUGCUGCUGACGACGUGUUGCGUCGGUGGGUGCCUCGCCGCCGCACACCGCCGUGCGCUCGACGAGGCGGCGUUGAGGAGCGGCCCGCCGCCGACCGCAGUGGUGCGUGAGGUGCCGCGCAAGGGAGAGGGCGCGACGCAGGCGUACACCGUCGCCGCAGAGGGCGAGGACAAGGACUGGGAGCCCAUCCGCAUCGUGGUGUCGAUGGAGGAUCUGAGCGACGCAAGUAAGUACUGCACGGCAAAAGGGGAGGAGAAGUCAGACUUUAAGGGCAGCACUGAGGUUUGCUCCCUGCAUGACAUCCUGAGCGUGGAUAAGAACAUCACCCUGGUGGAGGAGGUCCUCCCUGCGGCAGUCCGACUGCACGCGGAGCGUCUGCUUGUCCAACGCAUGAAUGCUCCGCUGAAGGUGCCCAAGUUCACAGAGAAGCAUGGGCUUUGCCAGUACUUCAAAGUCUCCCAGGUGCAUCAAGCGACGGGUAUUGCGAAUGCGGACAUGGUGCUCUACGUGGCUGCCGGAGCCGACGUCGAGACGUGGGCUGUCCCGUGUGCUUCCGGGGACCACGGCCGCCCAGUUGCCGGUGCCCUGCAUGUCAUGCCCUCUCAACUUCUACGUGUCAUGUCCGCUUCUCGCAUUGCGGCGCACGCAAUUGCCCGCGCCCUUGGCUUCAACGUGGAGGAGAUGAAAAGACUGCAUAUGUUGGAGCAAGUCCAUGGUGUGCGCGGCAACGAUGUCCCCACGACGUUGGUGAACUCCACUCGUACGGUGAGGGAAAUGAGGAAGCACUACAAAUGUGACAGUCUCACCGGCAUGGAGCUGCAGAAGAAUGACUACGGUACGGUGCAACCUUUCUGGUUGUCGCGCAACGCGAAGGACGAGCUGAUGAGCGGUCUUGGCGGGAUAACAGCCGGCUACUACACGGCGCUGACGAUGGCGGUGUUUGAGGACCUCGGCUACUACAAGGCCGUGUGGGGGAUGGAGGAGCCGAUGGCGUGGGGCAGGGGCGCGGGCUGUGACUUCCUCAAGAAGCCGUGCUCAGACAAAAGCCCCGCCGAGCACCCCGGCAUGUUCUGCAAUAACAAGACCGAAGGCAAAACACUUCGCUGCACGUCCAACCGUCAAGCCAUCGGGCAGUGCGGUCCGAAUAUUGGUACAAGCGGCGGCGUGAAAGCACCGGAAACCUGUUUUCUUGUUGGUCCUUCUAAGGCAACUGACAAGGAGUUGGGCGUAAUUUGCGCCGAAAAAAGCGGCGGCAGCCACCCCGGGUCCAUCAUCGGUCGUGGCUCGUGGUGCCUCGAUGCGGAGCCACUGGAGGCCAGGAGCAAGGCGACCGACAAGGACUACACCGAAGUGCACGCGGUGUGUGCAGGGGUGCAGUGCGAGGCGGGCAAAGUGAAGGUGAAGUACCUCGGCAGCGACGCGUGGCAGGAGUGCCCCGAGGGGAAGUUUAUCACGCCGAAGUCGGCGUACUUCAAGGACGGCGGCAAGAUCAAGUGCCCGAAGUACGAGGAGGUGUGCACCAUCGCCGCCAACGGCGGCAGCUUCGGCAAACCAAGCUCCACAGACAAGGACGGCAAAAACGUUGACAAGGACGGCAAAAAAGGCGGCCAUGAUGGCAGUGCUGUUGUUGCUGUUCUCUCCAGUCUGCUUGUCCUCGCCACGGUCACCGCGGCGGCGGCGGUAGUGCCGCUUUGA